UGCUGCUUUGAGGUAUAUGCACAGUGUGGAAGGGGUGAGCGUCACUACUAACACAUGCACCUCCACAUCGUUACCACCUGUGUGGUGAGAGCAAGUACAUCCACUUUCCUUGAGGUUUUCAAGAAUGCAGUGAGUCAUGAGGAACUGCAAUCAUCUUGCUAGAAAGUACAGCUCUUGAAUCUAUUCCUUCUCUCCAAUGAUAAUUAUGUGCCCUUUGGCCAUCAGCUUGCCAACCCCUCUCUUUCCCUACCACCCCCGCCUCUGCUGACCACUCUUCUACACUUCGCUUCUGUGAGGUCACUUUCUUAGAUUCCAUAGGACGCCCUGUGAUGUGCAGCCCCACAGGUGACCCUGGGCAUUAUAUUCUUACAUGUGAGUCUCGGGCUGGUCAUGUUUUUUCUCUGGGCUGACCCAGGAGUUUUACCCUUAUCAGCAAUCAGCAUCCUCAGACCGUGUUACCUCCUGUCUCUAUGGCUGCUUUCUCCUCCCUGCCAUGUUGAACUCAGAAAUGACCUUGCUGCCUCCAUCCCAAGGAGGAAAAAGUCAUGACAGUGCCUGCUCCUCCGUAGCUCAACUUGACAAGAUGCUUUUCAGUGAGUGCUUUGUCUCUGUAUUGGGACCCAUUGCAUCACAAUCCCCAUGGCAGGCGAUGUCUCAGGGAGGUACGGGUGCUAAGGACUGGUUUCGCUCUGGAUGCCCACCCUGAACAGUCAACUUCCUGGUGAACGCCCAAGGCACUCGUUUUCCAUUUCAAACCAGCCACCAGUUCUUCUUGUACCAUGUCAGUGAUGAAUCUACCACUAGUCUUUAGGACAGUAUCAGCAAUGUUAUCCUCUUGCCGAAGAAAAAAGGCCUCCUCAACCAGCUCGUGUCCCUCUGCUUAUGUUUAUGACCUUGGGAGACUGGCAGCCAGAGAAGGAAAUGAAGGGCAGAUUGGACAGGCACAAACCUUGAGGAAAAGGAAAUGGGACACCAAACUAUGCACCCUGUCCUUUCAUCCCAUCCACACUGCCGCAACGCAGACCUUUGUCUUCAUUAUUCUGAACUGUUCCAGGCUCCAGGUAAAUCCCAUCUGCCUUUCCUUUCUCCCAUUCAUGCUUCAUACAGCUACCAAAAUUAUAUUCUUAAAUCACAGAUGCGAUGAAAGCCCUGGGUUCCUCAGAAGUAUCCAACAGUCUGCCUUGUCUUGCAGGCUGAAUUCCAGAUACGCUCCCAAGUUCAUCUGGCCCGGUAUGGUUCCCACCUUUCUGUACACUACGCUCCCAACUCAUGCCUCACCCAUCGCUGUUCCCAGGACACACGGUCGUGUUUCACGUGUUUUCGUGUCUUUCCUCAUCCUGUUCUUCCCAAGUGGAGCCUCUGCUCUGUCCGUCUCUGUCCCGGGUCCCUGUCACCCGCGGAGGACCAGUUGCAACUGCACCAGGAAGCCCUGGCCAGUCCCUCCCCACUGCUGCCCAGCCCAGCCCCAUGCAGAUGAAGAGCUCUUUCCGUGCUGCUCUUACAACAAACACAUUGUGGUUGUAUCAUUAUUAUAAAAGAUGU